CCCUCCCCCGCCCCGGCCCUGAUAAAACCAGAGUCCGUGGCGUGGUCCGAACCAGAUCCUUCUCUUUACUCUGUCUCCACUCAGGAUUCGCCAUGAAGCCCAUCCUAUCCCUCGCCGUUCUGGUUGUCGCCCUGUCUGUCCUAUCAGGCCCUGACCCCGUGGUGGCAGAUCAGACGGAAUCAGAUGUCCUUAGCGGCUUUGAGCGUUUCCAGGCGAAGGUGAAGGAUUUGGCUGACACCUUAGGGGAGAAGACCAAGGCCGCCUUUUCUGAACUGCACGACAGCGAUUUUUCCGUCAAGACCAGGAAAUGGUUCGCAGACAACUUCCGCAAGCUGAAGGAAAAGGUGGAGGCCCUCAAGCAAGGCCAGGACUAGGAUCGCUAAACUACCCCUCUCGUGAGGCUCUCCAACUUGUCCCCCCGCCAGGCCCGUCCCCCACUGAACCCUCCAGAUAAAGCCCCUCCUGUGCCAAUCCCUUGUUGCAAUAAACCCUGAGCAGCUCU